GCUAUUUAGACGGGUGUCAUGUUUUUCCAAGUCGUCUUUAACGGACUCGAUCUUUGUGUUGACCUCGGUGGUGAGAAUGGCUAUUUGUGCGGAUAGGUCAGUGGAUAGUGACUCCACCUUAGCCAGCAAAGUCUGUUCAGACUUAAUGAUCGCCGCCAUUACCUUGGCUAGGUCGGGGGGAUCAGAGUCAGUGUCCGGUGAGCCCGAGGCUUUAGUAGAGGCCUGCUCUUUUGUGACUCACAUAUUACCUCAACUAACCGGUGCCCCCGCACAUUGACUCUGUAAAGGUACCCACCUGUAUAUAGUCUCGCUAUUGUUAUUUUACUGCUGCUCUUUAAUUACUUGUUACUUUUAUUUCUUAUCCCUAUUUUUUUUCAACGGCAUUGUUGGUUAGGGGCUCACCAUCUCUAUAUUUAUGGGUGUUGAUGACAACACAACAGGCAACAUUAGGAUUUGUGUAGGCUACUGCUUUCAUUCACAUGCUACAGGUGUCUGUUUGUGAUAGACGUACACAUGGAGAAGCAGACUGUGGACGUUGCCAGGGACGCUUAUCUCACAGGGAGGUCCCAACCCCUGAAGUUCAGAGUUCAACAGUUAAAGUCCCUUCAGAGGCUGAUCACAGAAAGACAAGGAGAGAUUGCCAUAGCGCUCCAGCAGGACCUCAACAGGAGCCAGUAUGACACAGCCCUCUCUGAGCUGAUUGGCCUGGAGAAUGAGAUCAGCCUGGCGGUGGGGAAGCUGUCUCAGUGGGCUGCCCCUCGCCAUGUGGAGAAGAACAUCAUGACCUUAACAGACCAGGUGUACAUCCUGCCUGAACCCCUGGGAGUGGUGCUCAUCAUUGGGGCAUGGAACUACCCCUGGGCCCUCACUCUGCAGCCCCUGAUCGGGGCCAUCGCAGCUGGGAAUGCAGCAGUGGUGAAACCCUCUGAGUUGAGUGAGCACUCAGCCAGUCUCCUCAAAGCACUGCUCCCUCAAUAUCUGGACAAGGAGUUAUAUCCUGUGGUGACAGGUGGAGUUCCAGAGACCCAGGAGUUACUGAGGCAGCGUUUCGACCACAUCUUCUACACUGGGAACAGCACAGUGGGGAAAGUGGUGAUGGAGGCCGCGGCCAAACACCUGACCCCUGUCACCCUGGAGCUGGGGGGCAAGAGCCCCUGUUACAUCGACAAGGACUGUGACCUCAUCGUGGCCUGCCGCCGAAUCACAUGGGGAAAGUUUUUCAACGUUGGGCAGACGUGCAUCGCCCCUGACUACAUCCUGUGUGAGCCCAGCAUUCAGAACAAAGUGGUGGAGGGCAUCCGGAAUACACUACAGGAGUUCUACGGCCCGGACCCCAAAACUUCCCCAGACUACGGUCGCAUCAUCAACCUGCGCCACUUUAGUCGAGUGAUGGGUCUGCUGGAGGGGUGCAGUGUGACACUAGGUGGAGAGAGCGACCCAUCACAGUGUUAUAUUGCUCCCACAGUGGUAACGGACGCGUCUCCUCACACCAGACUUAUGCAGGAGGAGAUCUUCGGACCUCUGUUGCCCAUAGUGACUGUUGCUGAUGUGGGUGAUGCAAUUCGCUUCAUCAAUGGGAAAGAGAAGCCCUUAGCGCUGUAUGUUUUUUCCUCUGACAAGAAGGUGAUAAAGCGAAUGAUUGCUGAGACCAGCAGCGGCGGGGUGGUAGUCAAUGAUGUCAUAAUGCACUACGUGCUCAACUCCCUUCCUUUUGGCGGCGUAGGUCAAAGUGGAAUGGGCAGGUACCACGGGAAACACACCUUCGACCAGCUCAGCCACCACCGGGCGUGCCUGAUCAAGUCCUUGGGCAUGGAAUGCAUUAACAUGGCCAGGUACCCACCCCAGGACCGCUCACGGGCACGCAGGGCCAGACAGGCCAUGAGGAGCUCCCUGUGUGACCAAUCCAAAUCCAGCUUCGUGUGGGCAGUCUUGGCCACCAUCUUAGCCUGUGGUCUCCUUGUCGCCCUGAUUGUAAUUCUAGUCAUGGGUGCCAGGUAGUCCAGGUUCUCACUACUUCAACUCAUCAACUGUAAAUGUUUUUUGCAUCAAAUGCACUUCUUGAAGUUGCUAUAUUGUAAUGUAUCAUCAUCAAUGUAUUAUGUCGAUACUUCUGUAAUCUUACUAUGAGAGGUUUUACUAUCUAUAG